AUGAGGGUUCAGUCUGGAUCGACUGUUGGGACUAGCACGCUAAUCGUCGUGGCAUGUAACGGAAUACUGCUCUGCGGCGGGAACACGAUAGAGGCCUUCCGUAAGGCGGGUGUGUCCUUCUGGGACACUAGAACCACCUCAAGUGUAAAUGUCCUUCGUGAUAACAAGAUGACGCCUCUGCUCGUUGAAUAUUCGGAUCUUUUCGAGAAGAAACUUGGCUGUUGCAAGGGCCCCCCUGUGCAAUUACACCUCAAAGAAGGAGCCCGCCCACGUUUCUGUAAGGCACGUACAGUGCCUUAUGCCAUGCACUCCAAAGUUUCGGCCGAGAUCGACCGUCUUGUGCAAGACGGAGUGCUUUCGCCGAUAAGCAUUUCAAAUUGGGCAACACCGGUGGUUCCGGUAGCAAAAAAGAACGGCGAUAUACGAUUGUGCGGCGACUUCAAGUUAACAGUCAACCCGGCGUCUCACUUGGAACAGCAUCCCCUGCCCAAAGUUGUAGACAUAUUUGCGGCGCUUUCGGGAGGCAAAGUCUUCAGCACUCUGGACCUACGCAACGCGUACAAUCAGCUGCCGCUGGACGACGAAGCCAGAAAGACGGCGGUACUCAACACACACCGGGGCCUUUACUGCUACAAUCGCCUAGCAUUUGGAAUUGCUUCAGCCCCCGCCUUGUUCCAGCGACGCAUGGAAUCGAUUUUGCAAGGUUUGCUGAAUGUUCAAGUGUACCUCGACGACAUCAUUGUGGCGGAAAAGGAAAACGACACAUCGGUACUGCGGCAGGUGUUUCAGCGGCUUCGUGAACACAACCUGAAGUUGAACAAAGCGAAGUGCCGGUUUAGGGAAGCACAAGUGUCGUUUCUGGGGCACCGCAUCAAUGCCAAAGGUCUUCAUCCUCUGCAAGAUAACCUCGAGGCGGUACUGACCGCUCCGAAGGCCAGCUGA